GAUAAAUAAAUACAAUAAAUGUAAAUAAAUAUAAAUAAAUAGGUCUGAGUGGAACCGCAACCAUUCCAUGUUAUUGUAGUUGAGAACGAUACAAGAUAUGAAAUUUUAUCUGAUGAAUUGACCACUUUGGAACAGAUAACACACAUUAUAUGGAAUCAAAUAUUUGUCAAUUACGCUCAAGUGCUUUUGUUACAGGGACUAUAAUAGAUUUGAUUUUGAAAUGGGAUAACUUCCCGAAAACGACAUUGAAUCGAAAAACAUGAUUAAUGUGAAUAUUGAUAUGCCUCCACCGCUAUUAGACCAAGAGGGGGACUAUGACACUUAAUGUCAAACAAUCUAGAAUAUGAACGUUAUGUUGACCAUCCCAACAUUAACCAAUAACGAUUUUUUUUUAUAUUUGUUUAAUGUCUGUUGCUCGACAUUGUGAGCAUCUCGCCAUACACCGGUUAGGCUUUGCCUUUUCAGCAGUCUUUUGACAAGUAAAAUUAAAUUGUUUGGAUGCUGGCACUGUCCCUGCCGAUUUCAUUUAGCGCCGUUUGCCCGAAUAGUACAUUCAUGAAGAGGACGAGAACACAACAUAAAAAGUACAUGGUCGAGAUGCAAGCGAUUAGCACAGUGAGCGCUGCAAGCUUCGAAGUUAAUAAUGUGAAACACUUAAUAUCUAAUUUAAUUAACACUGUUUUAACAUAUUUUAUCACAUCUGUUUGAUUUUAAAUCUAUCCAGUGAGAUAUAUAAACUUUCUAUAGUUAGAUAACUUGCAUGCGUAUAUACGCGUUCAUUUUGUUUGAAUUGUGUAUAUGAAGUUGAAAUAAAAAUUAACUGGCGUACAAUUUUGAACAUUUUUCCCUAAGAGGAACCCUCUUUUACUUGUCACAAACUGCUAAAUAAUGGUUGUGGUUUAGUAUAUACAUUAGUGCACUUCCCUUUGAAGAUUGCACUUGGGCACUGGGGUACAGGUUACCCCCCCCCAAAAAAAAAUAAAAAUAAAAAAAAUAAUAAUAAUAAUUAAAAAAAAAAAAAAAAAAAAAAAUAAUAAAGGUUCCCACAUGGAUCAGGUAGCCACAUUUCUGUCAGCUCUGCCGUUUCGAAAGCUGAUUUGUCUCAUUCGCGUGGAAUAUGUAUCAUAAAGCUCUAUUAAUAUAAACGCUGCAGUUAUCUCAAGUCUUAGUUUGAUUGGGACUAUCGUCGAGCAAUACCUGCUACACAGUCAACACCUCUUAGCACCAUCGUAAGCGGCAUUUUAUUUUUGUGAAAUAGAAACAAUAAAAAACAAAAAGGAAUAAGAAGUGUUUAUUCAUGGUAGUUUAAGAUUGAGAAGAUAUGUGUCAUGCUAUGGUAAAUAAUAACACUUUCGCUAUCAAUGUUAGACCCGAGUCUCGUCAUUGAACAUAAAUGCUCACAUGAUAUUUCUAUAAUGGUUGCCAGUGACUAACGUAUAUAAACCUAAGUGAUAUUUGUCGCUAAAGGAUGUUUACAAAAAGAACUAACAUAUCAGAACCAAAUGCAUAUAGUGUAUUGAUGCUUUGAACUUAUUCAAUUGUCGUAAGAUAAUUGGUAUGUGUGUAACAAAGAUCCUAUUAAUUUCCGGACAUCGGGGUUUGGGGGCAUCAUUUUUAAUUACUAUUAUGACAACGCCUUUUGAAAGUGCUUGUUUACGGAUACGAUUGACAUAAACAUAUGUUUAUAGAAGCACUUGAUCAAGUACUUCCCAAAAAUGUCAUGCUUGUGUUUGACUGAUAAACAUUAGGAUACAUGGGUUAAAAUUGCAAAGGACAAUACAACACAACGGACGGUAUGCCCGUCAGACUUUCCCAUGUUGCUCUACAUUAGAGAUAACUUCGAUCGAAAGCUACGCGUGACCUUACCAUUCGAGCAUACAUGUUACACUCAAAUCAUCUCUCCAUGUUACUCUUUAACGUUUUAUGUUUAAUUGAAAGCUUUAAUGAUGACACAUCUAUGACUGAGAUCCCAACACGGUGGUACAGAUUUACAGGCGGACGGACGGACGAUGCACUUACUAAAUGCCUUCCGUUGGGCACAUAAUAAAGUGAAACAAAAGCUUAAGUUUCACAAAAGCAAUUUGGACUCUGCUUACUGUCAACGAACACUUAUUUAAGACUGGCCUUAAAACAUUUCAUACAUUUGUAAUUUCACUGUAAGUGUUAUGAGUAACGAGGAAGAGAAACAAUACUAAAAGAUGGACGUUUGACAUACAACUUAUUUAUAGUGUUGCCUUUAUAUACCCGGGAAAUGAAAGACAUAAUGGAAGUAUCUUCAUUUUGGAUAUAUACACUUGCGUUCAUUUGCCAUGAAGUAUUUGCGUCAAAUACAGGAACUAAUCAUACGACUUCAUCAAAGCAAACACCAACCACAACCGACACAAGAAACGGUACUUCUCCCGUAUAUUUGUUACUAGACGCCACCACCGAGAAGAUAAAAGGUGAAGAUGUUGCAACAGUAGCUGCUGUUAGUGUCCUCUUGUUCUUAGUGGUUAUAGCAGUGAUUACCAUCUUGAUAGUCUUAAGAAAACGUGGUUUGCUAAUCUGCCAACAUAAGAGACAGGAAAAAGGCAUAGUCGUCUUGGAGGCUCCUCUCCUUAUUUCUGAACCUGUAUUUGAAAUGACUACAUCCAAACAGCAAAACGAAAUGCUUAAUGAACAUUGUUAUUUUCUGUUGGAAAGUGCCACGAAAUCUGAUAUGAUAUCACAUUUAAGCAGCAGUGAACCUGAGGGCAUUCCCCAAGAAGAUCAGUAUAGCUAUGCAGAGGACACCACUGAUUACAAUCGUUCUAACAAGCGCACAGACGAUUAUGAUACUAAUGCAAAAACAGACGACGAUAAGAAGAACGAAGACGAACGGGAACGAAGCUUUAAUGUUUACAACAAAUUAUUACAAAAUAAACCCAACGAAGAAUAUGACCAUAUUAACGACACGUCAUCUGCAAAAAUAAACAUUGACAGUCAGUAUCACUGCACUGAAGCAGAGACCGGUGACACCUACAGUCAUUUGCACCCGCAGGUGUUUGGUAAACACAUAACAGAUAAUACAUACAACGUCACCGAAAGUUCAACUAGUGACGGUGACUAUAACAGCGUUGUAAACAGCGGAAGAGCUGGCGCUAUUAAACCUAUUUUUAAUAGUAAUUACGACAAAGUGGCACUGUAUCGACUUAAUUCGAAGUGAUAGCAACAUUCAUAUGGAUCAACAGAACUUUAAAACAGACAAUAACAUUAUAAAAAGAAAUAAACGGGGACUGUGUACAAUUAUUCGAUUCUAAGGCAUAAAGUCAAAGCUCAGCAGCAUUAGAAUAGAGACACAACAAAGACGUGUACAAAACACCACAGACAUCACACAUGCCAAACACGAUCCUAUGAACUAUGUAAACUUCGCUAUAUAAGAAUAAGCAGCAAGCUAAUAUGUUGUCCAUGCAUCUAAUAUACCUGCUGAUAUAUCAAUAAGAUAUCAUUAUGUCUGUUUGUGGUCGUUGAGAACUUGAAUUUAAAGGGACCCAGGGCAUCAACAGAAAGAAUUGUUUUAGAUUAUAUAUUUGUUUGUUGUUUGGUUUUGCUACAUACGUUUUUAAACAUACCUAGAUUGUUUUAUAGUAUAUAUGCACUGUGCUGUUUGUGGAGUUUUGCGUUGUUGUUCCAUGUUUUUUUGUUUUGUGUUCUAUGUGUUUGGCGUUUACCAAGUGCCAUUAAACUGGGUUUAUGUUUAAUCUUUUGGCUACUGAACUUGUUUCUGUAGUUUUUCACAUAAGUUUGUCCCUGUAGUUUCCUUUCUUUCGCUUCCUUUGCAUGUUUUGAUUGAUGAAGUCGCUGAGUUUUAAUUUGAUAUUUUCUUUUUUCCACAGUUCAUGUAUUAUUACAUCAGAAAAUCCUUUAUUAUUGAUUGUGCUCUAACCUUGUGUAUUCUUAAAAUGUUCUUUUGAAAUAAAUAUUGUUUAAACCAGGCACUGCCGUAAAGAUACCAAAUUGCCGUUUUAAUUCAAUUAAGGUAUGAAUCGUUGAAUAUUUUGCAUUCUAUGCAAUAUGAUAUUCUCGUUUGUAAAUUGAAAUUGCCUUUGCAGGUAGAUUGUUUUUAGAAUUUGGCUAUUAAACAAUAUCUGCAUCGUUGUAGUUUGACUGCAAAAGUAUGUAUCCAAGUGACGAUUGUUUAAAACUAUGUUUAAGCCAACAACGCUGGUAAUGGCAUCGUGUUACAUGUAACUCCCAAAGGUGAAAUACUUUAUAAUGUGCUCAUAUAUCUGAAAAAACAAUCACAAUUUGAACAGUUGUCGCAAAAUUUGAAAGAAGUACUGCAGAUCACAUGUGUGUCCAUCAAUCUCCCAGAGAAGUACAACUUUUAUUUAAAGAUAUAAUUUCUUGCAAGGUAAAAAGGUGAGAAACAUCUAAACUACCCGAAAAGGAAAAUAUUCAAGAUGGAAAUACGAUCUAUACUCGUAAUAGGGAUGUUAUUGUUCACAUGUUCGUUUUUGAAGUUAAUUAUGCAUAACACCUCUAACUAAAUAGAAAUUUAUCCUCAUUUUAACCAGGAAAGAAAAUGUCGUAGCGAGCUUGACGAAAAUACUUUUUAGAAAUAUGCAUUUAGUUCACAAGUUAUAUACUAAGAAGUUGCAUUUCGAUUUGAAACAGGAUGUGUCGAUUACUGAUUUUGCUGUUUCUGGUAUACCUACACUUGAGCUUACUUAUAGCAGCAGGUUUAUAUGUGUCGGAAAAUACCACGAUAUGGAAUAGCUAUCCAUGCCAGUUAGCUAAACCGGAAAUUGAAGUUGCCGAGGACGGAAAGCUUAUUGUGAACGAUCCCCGUGUAAAACCUGGAGAAGAUAUGUGGAUCGGAGUUUACUUAGCUCCAAGGUGUUUUACAUAUGUCGGUUGUGAUAUAUCAGAGGAAGCAAUGGAAUCAUUUACUGUGAAAACAUUUGGAGACUGCAGUACCGCGUGUGGCUGUAUGGCGUUUGGAAUAAGAAAGAACAACAAAAACUUUGACUGCAUUUGUGUAAAUGACUUGAACAGACCACCUCACCCAAACUGCGACAUAUGUAGUUUGUCUGGCUACAUGUUUGCAUGUGGUGCUGAAAAUGGGCCCUACUUUUCGAUAUAUACUUCCGAAUCGGAAACAGUAGAUUCAGUUUGCGACGAAUGCACUACUCAAGGUAACUGUUUGAUCUUUCAAUACAAUGAUACCAAUCAACAACGAGUGUUUGAAUGGAGAUCCUGCGAUCGAGACGAGUCAUACAGAGUUUUGUGUAGCAACAUGCCAUUUUCAAAAUCCCCAGUACAUGCUGUAUACCCCGGUAUGGAUACCUUUACUUCUACAUGGAUACAAGCUUCAAACACAUGUUUUAUGGACAAAAAAUACCCGUCGUCUUACAAAAGUAUAAUUGAAACAAAGUUCAAUGCCUUGGCUAACCAACCUCACUGGACGGGCAUAAUAAAAAUGCCAGCAAUGAGAACACUGGACAAGUAUGGACCGAGUUGUACGAACGAAUUUGGAUAUUUGAAGAAAAAACAUGGUAUAUACGAAGUAAAAUUCGAAGGAGAGAUAAAAAGCAAAUUAAGUCUUUGCGAAGAAGAAACAGCUACAGAUGUUUCCCAAGAAAAAUGCCAUGCAUCAUCUUCAAAUUCCUCGAGCUCAGAAGAAUCCUCUGCAGCAAUAUUGGCAGGAAUACUAGUCCCGAUGACUUUGCUUAUAGCUGUGAUAAUAAUAAUAAUAGUAGCGAUUAAGAAAAGGGACAUACUGAGGAGCUGGUUCACCAGUUGUAUUUCCGAACGAAACGAAAGACAGUGUCGAUCGAAACCAUCUCAAGAGAUAUCUAAUCCCGUACUCAAUUCAACAACAAACACGGAACAAGAUUUAAAGACCAGUGUAAACAACCCUAGCCAUGUUGUCAGAGAGAAACCUAUUCAGGGUGCCAGUGGAUUCGUUAAAACAAAAACGGACACCGAACCGUAUGCUCUUCCUGGUGAUAUGUAUGCCGAAUACGACACAUUGAAGGAAUCCAAUAACUCAAAUCAGAGCGAAGAUCAUGACCAUGCCAAUACAGCCCGUUUCGUGAAUGGCUCACCUUUGAAAGUAAAUUUUGCAGAUGCAGAUCUUGUCUACAACGAAGUCUCAGUAACAGACGGCAAUGAUUAUGAUCAUAUAGCAACACAAAACAUAGAUUCAGAUAAUGAUAACGGCAUCGAAAGACAAACGGCAGAUGGGACAGAUGACGCUUACAACAAUUUGAACAUAGAUAGAAAGAGUUCUUCGGAGACGGAUAACCCAAACAACAUUCCAAACAACUUAAACAAUGAUAAUGGCAACGCAUACCGUGAUGAUAACCCAUACAACUUUCCUGAUAACGUAAACAGUGAUGAUUGACUAUAAAAGUGUCUGCGUAGACUUCGAAAACGGAAAAAUUGAUACCUGGUACAAUAUCAUAGGUUAGAUGUGAUCAAUCAAGGAUUUGAGUAUGUAUACCUAUUAGGAUGUUAUCAAAAAUGGCUGUUUUCUGUUUACCAGUAUGUAGCAAGUUAUGACUUUUUUCUGUACUUUACUGUAAAUGAAUAAAAUAAGGAAUUACCAUUAUGUUUUAUCAAUCACAUGUAUUAUAAUAAGUUUGUGACGUUAUCCGUUGUGUGUUUGAAUUCUAAAUAUGAUAUUUGACUGUAGAACAUACUUUAUCUUUUAUUAACUGUUCAUUAUUUUAAGAAAGGCGAGUGUUUAAAGAAUUGACAUUUUUAGUGUGAGUAAUUAACAGUCAGUUAUAACAACGUUUUACAAUACUAUAGCCUACUUUGAGUACAAAGUACCUAUCACGUAAAGGACAUGUUCAAAAUUCGUGCUACGAGACGAAUGUGUUGCAGGGGAGUAGCUAGUAGUGAGUUUUGAUAAUACAUGCUAACAUAUUUUAUUCAAAUCAAAAUAACACAAGUGUGGCUCUUUCAUUGGAUUUAGAAGUAAACAUUCAGUUACACAGCACUGUUUGUGAUAUUAGUUACAGUUCUAAUAGACAGCGGAAUGUGUAAAAUGUUAUUUUAAAGAAUAAAAAAAAUCGGCACUGCUUGCCUUGGACUGUCCGUUCGCUGAAGAUAUUCGCAAAAUUAAAAGUUCAGCUUAAAUUUAUGAACAGCAAUAGGAACAUUUGAAUUCCCGCAAGAUUCUGCAAGAGAUUUUAACUUCUUUUGUCGAAAUAUUAGUAAAUUACUCUGUUAAUACACAAUUGUCUACGUAAUAUAUUUUUUUUCUAUUUUUUUUUUGUCGAAAUCGAUAAUUUUCUAACUCUCGUACUAUGAAAAUGUGACACUUUUUUCGUAAAGCAGCCAUUUAACCUUUGCAUCACAAACUUACUCAUAUUUAAGUCACUUGUUUUUUAUGUAGUAAAAUUCCUUCAUGAUCGUGUUUGAUCAUCCUUUCUCAUAAACAGCAGUCAAAGCUCAAAUAUGAAUGUAAAUCAAACAUUUGUUAAACAUUGAUAGAGAAAUAGGGUGUAUUAUGAUAGGACACUUUCUUGGUGAUCUGUAUUUCGUUCAGUUCUAUGUUUAAACAUGUUAACUCACCAAUCAAGACCUAAUGCAGGUCACUAGAUAAGCGUCACAUCGUAAUAGUCAUUUUAUUUUUCACCUUACUAUUCAUUCCUCUUUAUUUUUCGGUUUCAAUUUACCGCUAUCUAUCAAGUGUCCAUAUAUGGAAUGGCUUGCGCGUAUGAAUACUUUUGUGUACAGGGCGGCUACACCAGCGAAGCAAGUCAGAGGCUACAAUAUUCACUUUAUUUAGAAAAAUAAGGAGAAAAUGUUUAUAUCUCAGCAAGAUAAAUAAAUUGCUAAUAAGAAAACAAUUAUAAUAUUUCUCAGCACACACAAAAUCAUAAACGGUACUCAUUUUACUGUGUGUGUAUACCACGUGGUAAGUUGUGUCAUAAAUGCUGUAAUACAUUAUAAACAAAGUAAAAAACAAAAACUUUAAUUUAUAUUCCGCGGCCUUCAUAUUUGUAAACAACGUAAACUUAGAUGGAGUUCUGGUCAAAUGGCUUUAUACGCCAAUAGAGGGUCUUUCCGUAGGAAAAGCAGCCUCGUUCUGGGAUUGACCUACUAAAAAAACUAUGGAAAAACCAAACCAACUCGGGAACUAGUUUAUUCCUUAUUUGGAAGAGGCAUUUAAAUUUACCGAAAAUAACUGGAUUUGUGUCACUUGUCUUACAGCCAGUUAUUGUAAAAUUACGGGGACUUUUUAUAGUACCCUACGAUAUGUCUCUAAAUGACAUAUGACGCGUGAAUAGUGUAUUGUCAUCAUAUUCACACCUCUGGUAUUAUGGGACAAUUGUUGUAAAAACAAGACAAACGAAUUUUUAACACAACAAUAGAGUUGUAGGCAAAACAUGUAUUCAACAACAAAGCAUCGAAUAUUCGAAUACCGAUUUUGACAUUCGAAUACCAAAUGUUUGAUCGAAUAUUCGAAUAUUCGUUUGCAUCCCUAGUUUAUAUACUAGUACUACAAACUGUACUAGCAUGAUACGGAAUCAGGAGACGGCGACAUGGUGACACGGAACUUUUAAUAUGGCAUGCUGUGUUUCCAAAGUUCAAUAUGGGAAAUUGAUAGGCAUAAAAUAAAGGCACUCUCAUAUCAUACUAUUUGAUUUAAUUUUUUAUCCAUCUAAAUAUUACGUAUCUUAUUCAAUGGCGCUUGCUAGUUUUCAAUUUCACCAAGAGUCCAUGUAUGCUUAUUACAAAUAAAACACCAUUACGUCGCCUAUUCAUAUCAGGUGUUUUUAUUUAUUGUUGAUUGAUUGGUGCGAGUGUUUUCAAGAUUUGUAUAUGUUUGAUUGGCUAUUUUUAUUCUUUCUGUUUGUUUUUUUUGUAUAUUUUUAAAUGAAUUUGCGCCUUGUUAGAUGUUUUGUCUCUUCCGUUUUUGUGUUGUGUUAUUUUUGUAUAUUUUUUUAUUUUUACCUUAAUGUUUGUGUAUGUUAUCGUUUCACUGUUUUUAUGCUAAAAAGAAUAUAAAUCAUAUUCGAACCCACAGUUGUCGUGUCUACCAAGACACACUGACAGAAGUAACACUUAUAUAACAUAACAUUGUAUAGUACACCACGGCAUAGAAUACAGUAACAUAGUAUGUAUCUUACCGGAACAACAUUUGUUUAUGUUGUUUUAACAUUUUCGUUCGUUUCUUCUGAAAAAUAAAACAGUUUCUGUAAAUUAUAUAUACGUGAAUUGAUUUUACUUUUCGGUUCAAUAAUUUCUUGAUGCAUGUCUAUACAUUUUGAUAUUGACAUAAACGAGCCUAAUAGAGCUUCAACUUGAAAUUCAAUAUU